UCGUGACAUUCCAAUCGACAGUCAAGUUUUGUUUUCGUACGCUAAUUCUCUAAUUAGCAAAAGUUUACAUUCUUAUAAGAAAAAUAAAGUGUGAUUUUAACAGCUAUACAGAAAUUGUGUUGUUUUUUAUUAAACAGCAGCAUUCUUCUAACGCAGAUUUACAAUAACAGAUUGAAAUUUUUUCUCAACUUAAGCUUUAACCACACCACACCGACGUAAAGUAAAAUGUCGCAACCUGUUGCAUUCCUUACACGCAAAGAAACAUUCAGCGCUUGCCAUCGUUUACACAGCCCACAUCUAAGUGACGCCGAAAAUGCUGAAGUGUUUGGGAAGUGUAAUCAUAUAAAUGGACAUGGACACAAUUACACCGUUGAGGUAACAGUUCGUGGACCUAUUGACAUACGCACAGGGAUGGUAAUGAAUGUUACUGAAUUGAAGACUGCAUUAGACAGAGUUGUGUUCAAGGACUUGGAUCAUAAAAAUUUGGACUUAGAUGUAGAUUUCUUCAAAAAAACUCCCAGUACUACGGAGAAUGUUUGUGUUUACAUUUGGGAUAAUGUGCGACAACAUUUGAAACGUCCAGAACUGUUGUACGAAGUAAAGAUCUAUGAAACUGAUAAAAAUUCAGUUAGUUACCGUGGCCCAUACAAUCAUAAUGGCUAUUACCAAAGCAUGCAAAUGAAACGCUCAGCUAAAACUUCUUGCACUAACAUCUCUUCUGAUUCUGACUAAUGCUGCCUGGAGACCACAAGACUCGAAUUGAAUUGUGAAUAUGAAUUUAAUUAAUGUUAGUUAAGGAGAAAUACAACACUAAAAAAUAAAAUAAAAUAAAGUAUUUUUAUAAUUUCAUUUAAUUUUCUACUAUCGAUCUAACUAUCAGCAAUGAAUGCUUUUCUUUUGACGUGUUAGUGCAAUAUAAUUGAUUAUACCCUACUGUAGCUUCAGUUUCAGAUUCAAUAUUAUUAUUGUUGUAUUACAAAAACUCAAUUUAUAUUCGAUCAAGAUGAUCAUUAAUUCAUAUAAUCAAAGAUUGCUGAUCGAUGAUUUUAAUAUACAAUAAUGCGCUGUAAUAUGAACUUCUAGUGUUAUUGAUAUGUGAUUAAGAAAUACAAGUAGAGGGUAGAAAAUAUUUUUAGAACAUAAGAAUUUCUUAAUUAACUGAGUAGUUCUUUGUAAAAAAAGUAUUAUUAUGUACCAUAUUUGAUAUCGGAUCUCACAUCUUCUGUGAAUACUUAUUUCGAUUAAGCUCUACUUGUAGCCUCAAUAACAAGAACAAUAAAAGCAAAACUUAAAUAAAUUAGUUGAUACCAAA